CUUGUCAAAGGAUUAUCUGGGAAACAGAUCCUAUCGCUGGGACAAGACCCUGGUGUACCAAAAUCUAACAAGCAGGAGAUGUUGCUGUCUCAGAAGUAUCUGCAGGUGGUGGCUUUCCUAGGAAUUGUCUGCUUUUCUUGUAUUAUUGCAUCUGAGAACCAGGAAAGUGAGAGAUCAGUUGCCGAAGCUCAACUAAUGCAUGACAAAGGAAAGACAAUAGAAGAAAUAAAUAGACAAAGAUGGUUACACGGCUUACUGGGGUCUAUACAUAAUCCAGGCCGCAGAGAAGUAUCUUCAUUAAGGAACUUCCACAGAGAUGUACUUGGAAUUAAAGAAGAUCACCAGCGAAUCAAUAUUCUGAAAAACAUCAGGAAUCUGCAAUACAGAGAUGCAGUUAUAGCACACAGUAAAACGAUGUUUGAAUGAGCAUUUUGAAAUGAUCAUGUCAGUUCAGCUACCACAUAUAGAUUAAUUGUAUCAUUUAUAUGGUCUCUUAGUUAGCGGUUCUAUGUAUGCUGGGCUGUGGGUCUCUUAGUCGCUAACCAAUCAGGAACAUUUACUUUGCAUGCAUACAAUUUACAACAAACACUCAACGUUUUCCAUCUUUGAAUCUGGAGAAGGGUCUUUAUUUUGUGUUCCACUUGAGGUCCAAGAGACCAGACAAAUGAAAGUAAUUCACAUGAUAAGACGAAUAGGUGCAAAAUAGCAUGCAAUAGAAUUUAGAAACAGACUGUCACCGUAAAGAAGAGGGAGACAUUUAUUUUUUAUUUUUUUUACAAACGUUUACAAGUUUGACUGAUUAUGUUGUAAGACAUGCAAAGAAAUGUCCAUAUUUAACAUGGAUAUGAAUGAAAUAAGUAACACCAUCAUUGUGAUCAUUCACAUGUCAUUAAAAUCUGGUUUAAUCACAA